UCUCGGCGUAGGGAAAGCUGCUCUGCUAUUAGGAAAGCUCUGGAAAAGGGCUCUAAUUUUUUUGUAGAGGCCAGCAGGCAAAAAAGAUUCUAAACCAUGGUGAAAAUUUUUGUGGGAAACCUGCCCCGAGAGGCAGACCAGGAAGAAAUCAAGGCCCUCUUCACUCAGUACGGCACAGUCACAGAAUGCGCCAUCAUCAAGAACUACGCUUUUGUCCACAUGGAUGACCGCAAGGCCGCCACCAAAGCCAUUAAGAGUCUGCACCUCUACAAACUUCACGGCACACCGAUCAAUGUGGAGUCCAGCCACGGGAAGAACCAAGGCUCUGUCAAACUGCACGUAGCCAACGUCGAGAAGGGAGCUGAUGACGAGCUCCGCGCUCUCUUCGAAGAGUACGGCACAGUCACAGAGUGCGCUGUUGUCAAGAAUUUCGCCUUUGUACACAUGUCCAACUCUGACGAGGCCAUGGAUGCCAUCAAGGGACUGGACAAUUCUGAAUUUCAAGGCAAACGCAUCCAUGUCCAGAUUUCUAAGAGCCGGCCGAGACAUGAUGAACGCGAUGACUAUCUCCCUCCUCCGCCAGACAGGGGUGGCUACUGGCCCCCUCGCUAUCCAGGAGAGAGGCACGAGCCUCCUCCGCCCGGCUACAUGAGAGGCCGCCUCAGUCACAUACCCCCAGGUUACCCCGCCCCUCCUCUGCCACCGCCGCCCCCUAGACGAGCAGUUUAUCCCGAACGUCCCUAUGAGGGUGAAAGGGACAGGUACAGCGUGGUAGAUUACUAUGAGAAGUACAGAGCCCGUCCGUAUGGCAUCCCCUCCUACGAGGACCAACGUCCCGGCGCCCCUCCUCCCCCUCCUCCUCCCGUCGCCCGAGACCGUCUUAUGACCUCGCCUAUUGACCCGUAUGAGCGUCGUCCCCUCCCACCUCCUCCGUCCUCAUACUACGCCCGAGAUCGCAGUCCUCUCAGGAGAGCACCAAGCGCGCCAGUGCCCCCCGCCAGUAAUGGCUACUCCUACGAGCGCUCACGACUCUCUCCGGUUUCCCGGGUCCCUGCAUACGGAGUUCCACGCGCCAGGGACCCCUACUCCGAACGGCUGCCUCCGCCACCGCCUGCACGCUACGCUUAUUAAGCACCCUGACAUGUGAAGGAUCGUCGUCCAACUGCGUCGCCGCUCGCCGCCUCCUGAUGCACGUGACACUAUCCUCCCCCCCUGUCUGCGGCUGAGCGCGUUACGUUCCCCUGCGACGCUCACAGGAGGAACCGAAUUCCCGACGUCAACGUCUGAUUUUGUUUUUAUUAUUUUGGGGGAGUUUUUACUCGUUUUUUCCCCCCUCCCAUGACUGUUUUAGUUUGUCAUUGUGCUGUAGUACUUUUUUUAAGCUUGACGUCUGAAAUAUGCGUGUUUUUUUUUUAUUUGUACUUUUUACGUUUGGAAAAAUUAGUGUUCUGGUGUUGUGUGUACAGUAGACAGCUGAAUAAUCUCAGCAGCAGUUUCUAAGCGAUACUUGUGACUGUAGAUUUAAAUCAACUGAAUCAUGUUUGGUAUCAAAUCUAACCUGCACGUUGGUUCCCUCAUGUUACGCUUUCCCACCGAAAACCAAACCUCCAUGUGACGUUGCUGUGAAAACUAAAACUUGUAAGACGUAGGUUACGAAUGAAGAAAGUAACUGUUAAUAGGACAGUUACCGCAAACCGCUCAAAUGUACCUGUAUGUUACCGACCUUGUUUUAAAUAAACGGAUUUGUGCAGUUAA